UUUUAUGCAUAUAUAGUAGAUGUUAAACCAUCUUCGAUUAGUUCGUAUAUAUAUUUUUGAAUCCUCUCAGUGAAAAUCCUGACUCCGCCACUGAGUAGGACCUCAUAUAAUAAACUCUUUAUAUAUAUACCCCUCUCUAUUUGUUCUUCUCACUUCAAUUCUACAACAACAAUUCUACUACAAUUAUCACAUUACUCAUUCAACCAAACAUUCAUUAUAUGGCUUUUCUUCUUUAUUUAUUUUUAUUUUUCUUGUUUAAUUCAAGAUUAAACAAUGCUCAAGGCCCCCCUUCACCUGGUUAUUACCCUAGUUCUAGGGUACAAUCUUUAAAAUUUAACCAAGGUUUUAGGAACCUUUGGGGUCCUCAACAUCAAUCUUUAGACCAAAGUACCUUAACUAUUUGGCUUGACAAAAAUUCAGGUGGAAGUGGUUUUAAAUCUCUGAAAAAUUAUCGUUCUGGUUAUUUUGGCACUUAUAUGAAACUACAACCUGGUUACACUGCUGGAAUUAUUACUUCUUUUUAUCUUUCAAAUAAUCAAGAUUAUCCAGGGAACCAUGAUGAAAUUGAUAUUGAAUUUCUUGGAACAACACCAAACAAGCCUUAUAUUUUACAAACAAAUGUAUAUAUAAGAGGAAGUGGAGAUGGAAAUAUUAUUGGAAGAGAAAUGAAAUUUCAUCUUUGGUUUGAUCCAACUAAAGAUUUUCAUAAUUAUGCUAUUCUUUGGGACCCCAAUGAGAUCAUAUUUUUUGUUGAUGAUAUCCCAAUUAGAAGAUACCUUAAAAAAAAUGAUGCAACAUUUCCACAAAGACCUAUGUAUGUAUAUGGUUCAAUUUGGGAUGCAUCAUCUUGGGCAACAGAGGAAGGAAGAAUUAAAGCUGAUUAUCGAUAUCAACCGUUCGUUGGAAAGUAUAGUAAUAACUUCAAGCUCGAAGGUUGUGAGGCGAAUGAGAGCCCCUCGUGUCGCCGUGCCCCUUCUAGCUCCCCCUCAGGGGGUGGUGGGCUGAGUCGUCAGCAGAUAGAGGCUAUGUUGUGGGUGCAGAGGAACUAUAAGGUGUAUGAUUACUGUCGGGAUCCCAGGAGAGAUCAUACUCACACACCUGAGUGCUGAACGUUCGUAAUUAAAUUGAACUCAAAUCGGCGUGAAAAAAUAAAAGUAGCCUUGUGAUGGUCCCAUUUGCCAUUAGUAGUUGCAAAAAGUAGUUGAAGCGUCCAAGGUGUUUUUUUUUUUUUUACUUUUAUUUCUUGAAAUUUAUAUAUUAAGUGUAUUAAAGUGUUUUACUUAAGUGGAAAAAAGUGUCAAGAAAAAAAUGAAGUUGAUCUUGGUCUAUUUUCGCUAGAACUGCAUUUCAAUUGUAAUUUAUCUUUGAUCAAAGUGUGUAUUUGUUUCUUUAUUUAUAAUUGUUAAAGAAAAAGAAAAUAUUAUAUCGCCAAAAA